UGCACUUUACCUGAAUGCGAUGAUUGGAAAUAACGAUACUGUGGUAUAACGGCCCGGUGGCAAGUUUUAGCUAUUAGAUUGGCAUAGAGCGACAUGACGGAGGGGGAAUGUGAUAAAUACUAAGAGGCGCCUUUGUAGAAUUGUCGCUUCACGAGGCAGACAUCCAUCCUUACCAUUUAUCAAUACCUUCCGGCUUUUUCGACACCCAACCGUCAUCAUGAAAUCAGCUCUCGUCCUUCUCGCCACUGUGGCUUCCGUAUCGUCUCAUUCUACUUGGCAGGACCUUUGGGUUGGCAGUGAGGAUAAGGGCACUACUUGCGCAAGAACAGUCAAGGACAACAAUCCUAUCGCUUCCCUCUCGUCGCCGGAUAUGUUUUGUGGUCGUGGACCUGUUUCGUCAUCCGGGGUUUGCGAAGUCGCUGGUAUGUUUAUACUAUUAUGUUACAAAUCUCAACGGAAUAGUGAUAAGAAAACAAUGCUAACGGCCUUUGCAGCUGGAAGUCCCCUUACCGUAGAAAUGCACGCCCAGCCCGGCGACCGAAAGUGCUCACAGCCCGCGAUCGGUGGAAACCACUAUGGACCCGUCCUCAUCUACAUGGCGAAGGUAGCCGAUGCGAAGACUGCCACCUCGGGCUCUUUCUUCAAGGUCGCAGAGGAUGGCUAUACCGGCACCACCGCGUCCUGGGGUACCGAAAUCCUUAACGCCAACUGCGGAAAACGUGCUUUCACUGUACCAAAGAGCCUGGCGAGCGGUGAUUAUUUGGUUCGCUCAGAGGCCAUCGCAUUACAUGCAGGUGCGGGUAAUCCUCAACCGUACGUUACGUGCUUCCAGGUCAAGGUUACGGGCGGUGGCUCUGCGACCCCGAGUGGUGUUUCGUUCCCGGGUGGAUACAAAACGAGUGAUGCUCUCUUCCAAAAGGCUAUCUACGACUCGAGCUUCAAGUAUGUCAGCCCUGGACCGGCUGUCUACUCUGGUUAAGCUUGCAAAUCCGGGUGGAUGGGCAAGCUGCGUGCUUCUGCUGUAGUCUCGGUUAUGCAGAGGUAGCGCAUGUUGGUU